AUGAAAGGAAUACUUCAAUGCGAUUUCGUGUCUACUAAACACGUGCAAGAUCUGGAAAGAUAUUACCGGAGAAGGUACAGAAAGAACUACAAUCCUAUAAAAAGUAUCUCGCUUCUUUCGCCACCGUUCUGCCCUUACAACACGACGCAUUCAUCAUGGUCUGCUGAAAGCUGUCCACCAAUGGAUAAAGAAACCUUGGAAGCGACUUGUAAAUCUAAAUACAACAUAACAGUGCUAAAGCCGCUGAUAGGCAGGAUGCCUAACGAAAACGUAAAGCAGUUGCUGUCAGUUUGUGACAAUGACCGGAUAAACUGCAAGUUUCUCUUCCUGGUUCGCGAUCCGCGUGGCAUAAUUCCCUCUUCGAAGGCCUUUGGAUUUUUUAAAGACGACGACGAUUCCCUGCUCGGGACACAUGAGUGGUCUAAAAAAAUAUGCAGCGCGACAGAAAUCAAUUUAAAUUUGUUUCGAUCUAUGUCCUCAGAUGAAAAAAAGCGUUUUAUGUUGUUACGUUAUGAAGAUCUGGCAAAAGAUCCGCUUAAGACUUUGCCAAGUUUAUUGAAAUUUGCCGGGCUCCCCGACGACAAAAAUUUGAGAAAAUGGCUGGAUCUCGCUUCUCAUCGUCCUGAAACUGAGAGUGAAAGAAACGUUGCCCGCUGGCGACAGGACUCAUGGGAAGGAGCGGAAAGAUGGCGCUGGCUAGUUGAGUCUGACGUCAUCAGUGUCAUUGAAAAAUAUUGCAGUCACGUGAUGAGUGUGCUAGGCUACAAAGCCGUUGGUGGGUCGCACGAUUUACAGACAAAUCUGGCGGUUAAGUUGUUAGAGGACAGUUAUGAAGCUCUGCGGUGGUUUUGA